CAGCUUUUCCAUGGAAACCCCCGUUUUCCUCCGUUUGGGAGUCGACAUUUCCAUGGAAAUCCCUCCAUCAAAAGUCAUUUCAGCGGUAGACCCUAUAAGAAAUCUAGCGGUAGGGUUUUUCAAACGCUCAUUUUCGUUUUUCUCCUUUUCCAUUGCAUUUCCGCCUCUCUCAGUCAGAAGGUCAACCAAUCAAUCCCAAACAAGUAAGUGAGGUAAUACGCGCAUGGCACCUAAUUCGGGAGAAAGUGGUAACUUUGAGAUUAUAAAGCAUGCCUCUGUUCAUAAUUACAAUGGGCAUGAUGACAUGCAAUCUGAUUCAUCAUCCUUGGCUUAUUCGACUGAGGAUUCAGAAGAGGCAUCUCCGCGGGCUAGAGUUCAAGGUAUGGAAAAGAUCGCAUCCUCUUUGUGUAACCUGGCAUCAGCAAUGGUUGAUGUGGCGGAAAACAUGGGUGGAGGCUGCUCCAUGAAUAGAAUGAAGACUUUGGUUGAAGAGUUGAAGAAAAUUCCGGAUCUCACCACACCACAGUUUCUCAAGGCGUGUAUUCUUCUAGCCAAAGAGAAAAACCUGGGAGCUAUGUUCUUGGUCAUGGGCAAGGAUAUGAAGCGCAAGUGGUUGUUGUGGAAUCUUGAGAGGGUUUGAGCAUUCGUUGCUGUGUUUGUUUCGUUUUGGUUGAUGAUGAUAUAACCAUCGAAUGGUUUGGAUAUUUUGUUGGUUGGGCACAUCUCAUCACCACCCAAUGCUUUUGGAUAUUUUGUUCUGAAACUUGUGUGGUUGGGCACAUGGAAAACCUUAUGUGUAUGGCUCUAUCUUUUUGUAAUGGUGUUGUUAUGUGGAUGGAAACAUGGUGAAUAUUUUGUUCAGAAACUCUUGUGGUUGGGCACAUGGAAACCUAAUGCGUAUGGCUCCUUUUU